AUGAUGUUUAGAGGGAUCACAAGGGUUGAGACUGAAGGGAGGGGAGAAAGGUACAUUCUUAACUCAAAAUCUGUGGCUGGAGGCUAUGAUUCAUUGAAGGAAAGGGUGAUAAGGAUCGAGAAAUACCUUGGUGCAUUGGUGAGUGAUGAUGCCGUGAGUGUGGCUGUGCAUAUGGAGAAUGCUUUUUUGGCAGAGAUUUAG